AUGUCAUUGCAGAGAAAGAUUAACAAAAAAUUUGCCCAAAUUGAAAAAGAUAAAAAUAGAUUCUGGUUAGCACAGACUGGAUUAACAGAGACAGAGAUAGAUGUGACUAUUAAGCCAUUUUUAUCGACAUUCGAUGAUGAUACAUCGUGGAGGAACAAAAACGAGUUAUUCUACGACCCUAGGUUUACGUUAUCUGUAUACCUCAACGAAAUCAAACAGCAGGCUUUGAGUCAAAGUGACAAGGCUGCUACUGAUUCGUAUGGUAAGAUUGACUUCAAGACAGUGAAUCCUAUCAAAUUGCCGUUCAGUUGGGCCGAUUGGAUGGAUUUGAGACUAUUAAAUGACGAAUUAGACAAGCCAAUGGAAGAGCGAAUUACUUGUCAAUAUAUUAAGGAUCGUACCAAUAAUAAUCCUGAUACGUCAUACUUUUGUUUGGAGAAUGAAAAAUUGACUGACGAACAGGUAAAGGAAUUAGGCUUCAAACACAAAGAACAAUUACCGGGAUUCCUUAUUCAUGGCCAUUCGAGUCACGAUGAUCGUCCUUACAACGACAUCAGAGUGUUAGAGUCAAAGUCGUAUGCUUUGACGCAUUUGCCAAAGCCUAAUAGAGUUAUUAUGUUGAAUGGGGAUAAGAAUGGUGGUACAUUCGAAUUUAUGGUUGACCAAUCUGAUAAUCUGAGGUUAGCAACAUCAGACAUGGUUACGAAGUAUUUGAGAAGUAAUAAUAUAGACCCUGAAAAAGUCGAGGAUGAUACAGUGGUUAAAUUUGACCAUACGAAGGAAUUGAUGGAAUUGUUAGAUAAGGUGACACCUAAGUACUUACCAGAGGAAGAAGAUAAACAUAAUAUGUACCAAAUUUUGAGAAGACAAAAGAAUCCAAAAGCUUCAAGAGAAAUGGUAUUGACCAAGGAAAUGUUUCAUUAUCCUCCAGCCAUGAUUUCACUGCAGAUUGAAUUUUACGAACAAAAGAAUGAAAUUCCAUUGGCAGAAAUUAGUAGACAAGAAAGAUUGUACUAUGAAGGUUUGAAGGAAUGUUCAAAAUAUGGCGAUGAUAAUGAACCAACUUACUUCAAGAUGGCCACUAUUAGAAUAGACGAUGACAAGAAUCGUGAUCAUGAAUGGGGAUGGCAUUAUGAUUGGAGAUUCUUCAAUGGUGCAUUAAACUAUAAGAGAAAUGGAUGGUCUAAAUCUGAAUUAAUUAUACGUACGAAUAUCAUUUUAGACAGGUUAUUAAGAAAUUGGAAUAGAUUUGCCGAAGAAAAGGGUAUCGUAACCUGGAUUAUGCAUGGUCCUUUGCUUUCUUGGUAUUGGGAUGGCUUGAUGUUUCCCUUCGAUGUUGAUAUUGAUAUACAAAUGCCAAUGAUGGAAUUAGCGAGAUUAGCCAAAGACUACAACCAGACUUUAGUUCUUGAAGACCCUAAUGAAGGUUAUGGUAAAUAUUUGAUAGAUGUCGGUACCUACAUUCACAAUAGAGGCAUCUCAAAGCAAUCAAAUCAUAUUGAUGCAAGAUUUGUUGAUGUUGAUUCUGGUAUUUAUAUUGAUAUUACCGGUUUGAGUAAAUCAGCAGCUAAUACACCUGAGGAGUAUGUUAAUAACGACUUGGUUAGUAUUGAUAAGGGAUUCCACGAUGACCAAGUAGAAAUCUAUAACGACCGUCGUAAGCAUUUCUAUAAAUUAGAGCAAUUGUCGCCUUUGAAAUACUCCAUGAUGGGUGGUGUCCCUGUCUACAUUCCACUGACGAUUACUGAUAGAUUAAUUUUUGAGUAUGCAAAAGGUUUGUCGUCUUACGAAUUUAAUGACUGGUACUUUGUUCAUAAACUCAACUUAUGGUUGAGAAAAGAGCAAGUUGCAGCUGUUUUCGAUGAAAGUGAAAUCCGUAACAACGAAGGAAACAUAGACAAGGACAAAUUAUUACAAAGGAUCUCCAAAAUGACAGAUGCUCAAGUAUUAAAAUUAUUGGAAGAUGACAUUAUUUUGGUUGAAUACUACUUAACCAAGAAAUACACUGACAUACAUGCGCGAGAAAGAAAGUAUUUAUUUGACCAUCUUGGCAGAGAUAAUACAGCACUAAACGACGAUAAACGAUCGAAACAAGAAUACAAUAAAUUAACCUCAACAUUUAAAAUGAAAAAGCCCUUGAGGAAGGCUUUAUUCGAUUUCGAGAAUAUAGAGAGAUUGAAGCAUCACAUAGCUGACAUCGAUUAA